AUGACUUCGGAAACAAUUCCUCAGUUCUCAUCGAUACCGGAGGCGGUCGAAGCUUUCCGACAAGGAGAGUUCAUUAUCGUACUUGACUCCGCAGACCGCGAAAAUGAGGGCGACCUGAUUAUCGCCGCAGAAGACCUCACAGUCGAGAAGAUGGCAUUCAUGGUUAGGUGGACAAGUGGGUUGGUAUGCGCACCACUUUCUCCAGCGCUCAUCGACAAAUUUUCACUACCGCAGAUGGUCCCCAAUAACCAGGAACCCCAUGGCACCGCGUUUACCGUUUCCCUCGAUUCAAAAGACCCCACUAUCUCCACCGGCAUCUCCGCUUAUGACCGCGCCCUCACUGUUAGAGCCCUUGCAGACCCAGCGGCAUCCCCAGAGAGCUUCAGGUCACCAGGACACAUCUUUCCCCUACGCGCAGUGGACGGUGGUGUUCGCCAGAGGAGGGGGCACACCGAGGCUGCGGUCGAAUUUUGCAAAUUGGCAGGAAAAAAUGAGGCGGCGGCGAUCUGCGAGAUUGUUAGAGAGGAGGAUGGAUUGAUGAAAAGACGGGACGAGUGCUUGGAGUUUGGGGAAAAGUGGGGGCUUAAAGUCUGCACGAUUGAGGCGUUGAUUGAGCAUUUGGAAAAGGCGUAG